GGCAGCAACCAUGUCUGGUCGUGGUAAGGGUGGUAAAGGUCUUGGUAAGGGAGGCGCUAAGCGCCAUCGCAAAGUUUUGCGGGACAAUAUCCAGGGUAUUACUAAACCAGCUAUCCGGCGUCUUGCUCGGCGUGGUGGGGUCAAACGAAUCUCCGGUCUUAUCUACGAAGAGACUCGUGGGGUGCUGAAAGUGUUUCUGGAAAAUGUGAUCCGUGACGCGGUCACCUACACGGAGCACGCCAAGCGCAAGACUGUUACCGCCAUGGACGUCGUCUACGCGCUGAAACGUCAGGGCCGUACUCUUUACGGUUUUGGUGGUUGAGCAAAGUAUCUGCUUUUAAACGUUCGAGAACCUAAAGGCCCUUUUCAGGGCCGCCCAAA